UCUCUCUCUUUUUCUCUUACUCAAACUAAAACAACAUCUUCACAGACACACACCGAGACAGAGACAGAGAGAGAGAGCUUGUUUCAUUUCAUGGCGGAACAGGACAUGACUCUCUCCCUCAAUGGCCACUCCCAGGUUCCUCCCGGCUUCCGUUUCCAUCCCACCGAAGAGGAGCUUCUCCAUUAUUACCUCAGGAAGAAAGUUGGGUUUCAAAAGAUUGACCUUGAUGUCAUUCGUGAUGUUGAUCUUAACAAGCUCGAGCCUUGGGAUAUUCAAGAAAAAUGCAAGAUUGGAUCCACCCCACAAAAUGAUUGGUACUUCUUUAGCCACAAGGAUAAGAAGUAUCCGACCGGAACGCGCACCAAUCGCGCCACGGCUGCUGGAUUCUGGAAGGCCACUGGUCGAGAUAAGAUUAUCUACACCGGAUCCAGAAGAAUUGGAUUGAGAAAAACUUUAGUAUUUUACAAAGGACGAGCCCCUCAUGGCCAAAAGUCUGAUUGGAUCAUGCAUGAAUAUCGCCUUGAUGAUAGUGACCGCGACAAUAAUAUAUGCAAUUCGAUCGGAGAAGCACAAUUGGCCGAAGAUGGGUGGGUCGUAUGUCGGGUUUUCAAAAAGAAGAACUACCACAAGAGCAUAGAUAGUCCAAAGACUUCCCCAACCUCCAUGGAUUCCGAGGUUCAUUUACAAAACUCAAACAACGAGGAAGGCGUGUUGGAUCAAAUACUUCAAUACAUGGGAAGAACAUGCAAGCUAGAAAUGGAGUCAUUUUCCAACUUCAACAACAACAACAACAACAUCCAAUCUUCAAGAUUAAUACUCAGCCCAAAGAACAACAACACAGAACGAACAAUUGACAAAUCAUUCAUGCAUCUCCCAAGGCUAGACAGCCCCACAACAAUUCCUUCAAUAAUCCCCCUCCACCAACUCGAAACAUUCGACCACAACAUCAUCUUCAACCACGAAUUGCUUCCAGAAACAACCGACCCAUCGCCCGAGCCCGUCCGUGGCAGCCCCGUGGUGAAGCUCAACAACUGGGUGGCCUUCGACCGACUUGUCGCCUCACAAUUGAACGGCCACGAAGAACGAACAAUUGAAGACGAUGAAGAUGAACAACAACAACAACAUCAUCAUGAUAUGCAAGUAUCUAGUAGAGGAUUGGGAUAUGGGCACGAGAAUGAUAUCUGGGGUUUCACCAAGUCCUCGUCUCCUUCAUCAUUAGACCCACUAUCUCAUUUGUCGGUUUAGUAGAGGCACUCUCGAAUACAACGGUCCAAAUAUAUAUAUAUCAUACUUCAACAACAUCAUCAUCAUCAUCAUCA